AUGUCCAUGUCGCAGAUGGCAGUCCUCACGCGUGCCCAACGCGACAUGCUUAAAACAUUUUUGCCUGCUUUUAAAAUUGUUUGUUCAGGGUCAGUAGAAGAGCAGGAAGAAUUCUGGGAGAGUGUUUACUCCCAGUGGUUCGCAACUUGGCCUGAACGUGCUGUGCAGUUUGUGGAGAUACCGCACGACCAAGCAUUGUCUGGCCUGCAGCAGGAAUUGCUCGUUGAAGCCACUAGGGGGUAUGUAUUGACUGUAGGAGAAGCGCAUCCAGACUUUUAUACUCAUGAACAUGUUGUACCAGGAGACACGUGUGACGAUGAAGGAGUACUUUCCUGUGAAGAAGUCGAGAAGGUGGCUGAGCUAGACGAGGUAGUAUUCUGUAUGGCGGGUAAGAAAUGGGCUACUCCAGAACAAGAGGAGUUUCUCCUCAGCUUCAUGUCUGAAUACCGCGAGACUGCCGCGACCAAGGACUAUGACGAUUUUUUCACGCGCAUCUGGGCUUUAUGGUUUGAAAGGUGGCCUGAGGAACACAUUAUCUUCAAAGACAUGCCAGACGAUUAUGUUCGCACCCCGGAUGGCAUCAAGGCUCUGGCGACCGCAGUUGCGACACGUCAGCAACAAUUGGUCACUUGGUAUAGGUGGCAGAUGAACCCUGCACGUCAUGCUCGCUCCAAAGGCGCCAGGGGUGUCCUGAAGUUCGAUACCAUCUUAGGUGGGGGCGUGGAACUCAAAGGGACACGAGCACCACAAAAAAUCGAUAUUUACUCACACGAAUUCUAUGGAGUGAAGGUUAAGCACACUGCAGAUGAUGCAAUCGCAGCAGAAAAUAUCACCAAUAGAGGUCCGAAGCUGAACAAACGACGUGAGAUUACACGGCGAAUGUACUUGGAGGAAAGUGAGUCUGUCAAAGCGGAUAUCGAUAGGAAAUAUCGCAAGGCAAAAGCAAAGUUUGCAAAAAAGCGCCAGCAGCUGAAGUCUGGGAAGGCAUUAAAAAUUGAUGAUGCCACAAAAGUGAAAGCUAUCCAGCAGCUUGGUCCAAUGCUCGACCGCAUCCUGAAGUAUCUUGCGCAUAUUACAGGUGGAUGGAAAUUUACCGUUCUCAUGGGGGGUCGUGAUCCUGGGACGGGUGAAACAUCAGUGUUCAACUACCACGUUGGCAAACUUCAAAGCGGCACCCAGUUCAAUCAUGUAUACAAAGACUUUGAUGGAAUGCAGGCUGCCUUCCUAGCGUUCGUGCAAAACACUCUUGCAUUCGAGUCUACCCUACCACAUGAUGAGUCGGCAAUGGAUGAAGACGACGAGUCGUCGUCGAACUGGGACAGCGAUGAAGAUUGUAACAAUGAGCGGGAAAAGAGUGUCGAGGAGGGUACGAGUCGAGUCAUCAAGGAUGUCCCAUCCUUUGAUACAAGCGGCCUGUAUCAAAUGACUCCGCAACCUGAAGAAAUUCUUGGGGAUAACAUAAGCGACUCGCAUACUGCAUGGGGCACCUCUGCCGCUUUUGACCCGAUCAUAGCGGGCACCAUCAAUUUUUCUGCCUUCGAUCCCCACGCCUUCACCAAUAUUGUCGACAAUCCUAAUUUCGAUCCUGGUGCCCUCGAUAAUGCUCGGGGUACGAUAUCUGACUUGUCUCUCGCCAACCUGACAUCUCCAGACAACCGUGAUAGUCCAUAUUUACCUCCGAAUCCACAGGUGGAGGUACUUCUUCCGGCUGUUCAAUCUGCAAAUAGUGAGGAAGAACAGGACAAUGAUCCACUCCUUGACCAGCCAGAGGUCCGUUCUCAUUGUGGACAGCACAUGUGCCUCGUCUCCGCACACGCAACAAUGUGCCCUUCAACCCACGAGAGCGUGAUAAUGACAUUGGAGUUCCAACACGUCGUGCUCGUCCCGCAGACUCACGGAAGUACAUCAAUUCUAUCACAGGGCAAAGGGUAA